CACCCAGACCGGAGAGAGACAUAGAAAUCGAAUCUGAUGUGAAUAUGCUGUUCAGUAUGGCCGCCGCAGCACCGUGCUGGAGCUCCCAAUGCGAUUCAUAGAUGGGAGUGGCUACGUGCAGAAGGCAGCAGCGCCAUCGCACCUGCCCUGCUGCCCAUCUCGCUUGCUGCUAGUCGCACACUCAGCACUUGAUGAUGGGGGGUGGCGCGAGGUGGACUCCUCGCUCCUCGGCUGCCGUCGUCACCUCGUGGAGGAGUACUCGUUGCGAUGGCCUUCGCCGCAAGCCCGCAACCGCCACAUGCCAUUGUCGUGCACUGGUAUCACCGCCGCCGCACUGCGGAUGCCGAGGCAGCGGACCGCGUGCUGCUGGCAUUUGCCCUUUCCAUGGAACGCACGGAAGCUGUUCGGUGAUUUGCCUAAGCACGGAUUGGGGCUUGAGAGGACACAAGAAGUUUCAUCUGAGGCUCAGUCAUGAAGAGAAGAAGAGAAGAGAAGAGAAAAGAAUAUAAUACCUGACGAUCGGGCUGGAGAUGAAGCAGGGGGCUCUCCUCGUCUGCUGCUUCCAUGGCUGGCGGUUGCCUAGAGGAUGGAGGACUGGAGGAGGACUGCACGAUGAUUUAGGAAAGGUUCUCUGCGGCACAGAAAUUCGCAGGCAAAGCUCCUAAAAGCUACUAUAGUUGCAAGGGCCAACGGCCAGGACAUCGCUCUCUCAUUGUCACUCACUUCGCAAAGUGAUUCACAAAUUCUAAUAUGUGUGCAUGAUGCUUUCUAGUUUUCAAAUCAAGAAGACACACACCUUUGCAAAGACAAUCAACCAUGUGCACUGCUACGAGACAGUUAAUUAUGUCGUAGGGACAGAGAAGAUGCUUAAGACAAAGUUAUGUGACGAAAGAUUUGUAGGGUACAAAGAUGCCUAUGGUGUAGCUAGUGUACAGAAGACGCUCCACCUGCACCACAAGGAGCU